UAUUACCCACACAGUUUUGAGGGAGGCCAGUUAGAGUAGUAUUAAUAACACCUGUCUAAAUAAAUAAGAGUGUUUUUUGAAGCAAUGGAAAGAUGGUUAGGUUACACAUUUUGAUGUGGCGACAGUGUGUGAAAGCAGAAAAGUUAAGGUGAAAGUGCACAUGUGUCUCAGUUGACUGAAGCAGAGACAGAUGGACACAUGGGGAAUUCAACGCCUGAGGAUAUAUUUGGAAGACGACUGAUCAUGAGAUAUUACUUCAUUCUUUUGCUUUCCUCAACAAUAUUCUGCUCCUCUGAUGAGUCCUCUAAUGUGGAUGUUGUUCAGGAAGAUGAAAAAGUAGUUCGAGCUGGAGAGGAUGUGAAUCUUACUUGCAGCUUUUCAACGCUUCUACAAUCAACAAAAGCAUGGUUUAAACGGGCAUCCAAUGGAAAAUCCAUACAAAUUGUGUCUUUAUAUUUAAAUCAACAACCCAACUGGAAUAAGGACUUUGAGAAAAUGAAUCGUUUUAAUAUUACCAAAGGAGAUGAUCAUUUUAAUCUGACCAUUUUACAGACAAAGCCUUCAGACUCUGCAACAUAUUAUUGUGUCGUCUCAUCAUAUUACACUAUUGGAAUGGGUGCAGGCACUAAAUUAUUUUUUAAAGCUGGACACACAACUGUUCAGCAGUCUUUGAUAGACACGCUUCACCCAGGGGAUUCAGUGAAUUUGCAGUGCAGCGUCUUCAGUGAGAGUUGUGCUGGAGAACACAGCGUCUACUGGUUCAGACAAAGCUUGGGAGACUCUCAAGGAGUCCUUUACACCAAAGGAGAGAGAAAUGGUCAGUGUCAGAACAGCAGUGAGUCUCAAACACAGAGCUGCGUCUACAAUCUCCUCAAGAGCAACAUCAGUGACUCUGACGCUGGGAUUUACUACUGCGCUGUGGCCGCAUGUGGAGAGAUACUGUUUGGAGAAGGAACUCAACUCAAUUUUAGAGAGAGUGGCGGUGUGAAUCCAUCUCUUCUUGCUCUUGGAAUUUCAAACAUUAUAUUGUUUGCUCUUGUUGUAUUUUUGGGAAUAAAACUACUCAGGAGUCAGAAAAAAGUGCUCAAACCUCAAGAGAAUCAAAACGAAGACAGCAUGAAUUACGCAGCCAUUAGCUUUGGUCAGAAACCUCUGAACACUAGAAGGACCAAAUCAAAAGUCAUUCAGGAGCAGUCUCUGUACGCUCAGGUCAGAACACAGCAGUAACAUACAGAGGUUUAGUGAAGCAUUUCACUUCGAAACAAAUAUUUUCAUCAUGAUCUUAUAAGAUCAAUUUAAUUCAAUUUUUCAGAAUAAUUUUGGUAACUUCUACAUUUUAGGAGUUGACUGUUGUCCUCGGAAAAUUAAACCUCGAGUAUAGUCUGAUAAUUUUUACCGCAAUGAAAUUGUGAAAACUACAA